CGCGCCGAGCCGAGCCUGGCGGCUUCGCGCUGCGCGCCGCCGGGAUUCCCUUCGCUGUGGGCCGCGCUGCGGAAAUGUGAUUCUCGUGAGUGUGCAAGGAAACCUACAGAACUGUAAUGUCUAACACUACACGGAAUAACAGCUGUUUGAAGGCUGCACUCAACUCUGCAAAACUAAGCAAGGAAGGGAAGCAUCUCCUGAUAAGGAUCAGCCUCUGUUAAGAAAUGCUCUGGUAGCUAAGAGGCAGCUCCUGCUUACUCAAACAUGGGUGAAUGAUUAACCUCUCAUUUCCCAUCACUGGAGGAAUCGUGAAAUUCCUAUAACACACAACUCCAGCUGGAUGUAAACCAACUUCUCUCUCUCUCUGCUGAGAAAAUCAUCCUUAACCGCUUUCGCUGAGCUUGGCUGCAAAGUUGGAGAGGGCUUCCCAGGCCAGGAGCAUUCAGUGGCAGCACUGAGAUGUAAGCCACGUUGAUUUGCACAGUGCAAAGUUUCUAGGUGGGAGAGACACUGUGAAGCUCUGUGCAGGGCGAGGAGAGCUGAGGAGGGAGCCUUGCAUGUGAACCAGGAUGGACUGGCUGUGACGGCGUGCCUUAGCUGGAGGGGGAGUUACGAUGAAGAGUUCCUGCAGAGCUGGCCUCCACAGGGAACCACUGAAUUCUUCAUCUUCUACCUUCCAUCAAGUCAAACGGGUUUCUGGUAUGCACUUAAAGCCAUAUCUCAAGUUACAGAGGAAAGAGCGAUCAGAAAUAAGCCAGGACUCCCUCAGAGGCCCACCUAUGACCCAUCAGAGGUCACCCCGAGAAGACAAAUACGCCACCAACUGCACCAAACUGAGCGUUUUCCCCAAACCCCCCCUUGUGAGUCCAUCUCGAAAGCUUCUGGGAAUUAUUUAUCCAAAUACUAUGUGCAAUAUGAACGGGAAAGGUCCGGCAGAUGGUCUGAGCGCCAGGGAGAAGAAAAACGUCCUGUCGGCAACGAUCCAUCAGGGAGAAGAAGGGGAAGGGCCUCUGGAUGUGUGGGCCGUGGUGAAGCCCGGCAACACGAAGGAGAAGAUCGCUUUCUUCGCGGCCCAGCAGUGCAGCAGCACCAAUCGGCUGGGCUCCAUGAAGCUCAAAAGCACAUGGGAUAUCGAUGGGAGAACGGUGAAACGCCGGAAAAAAAUGGUAGAUCUGAAAAAAGCCAAGCUCCAGUUGGAAAGGAUGAGAGAGGCGAACGCCAGGUGCUCCCAGCCAGAGCCUUUUGCGUGCGGCAUCGAGCACUGCUCAGUACAUUGUGUGAAUGACAGUGGUGAGGGGGUGUUCCCGGGCAGGUCCCUCUCCGUGAUAGAGAUGGUUGCGUUUCUGGAGCAGCGAGCAAGUGCUUUACUGGUAGACUGUGCUAAAACUUGCACGUCCGCCUCCACGGCGAGGCUGAGCGCUCCAUCUAAAGGUGCUCUUCCCAGCUCUGAGCCUUUCUCCGCCGCCGGGCCGUGCGAGGUACAUGAGAGGGGAAGCUGUGGCAGCAGCGAGCAGCAGCAGAGCGAGCCGGUGCGCGUCCUGGACAUGGUGGCCAAGCUGGAGUCGGAGUGCCUGCGGCGGCAGAGCGAGCGGGACGGCGGCAGCCUGUCGCGCAACAACAGCUUCCGCAGGAACGUGGGGCGGGUGCUCCUGGCCAGCAGCACGCAGCCCGCUGCUGAGCCUGGCAGGGCCUCUGUAGGCAGUGAGGGUGAAGAGCCAGGGGCGGCGGGGGCUGGCUGCGGAGCGAGGUGUGGGGAUGCUGGGCUGUGGGAUGGCGCCACCUCUGCUCCGCAGCCGUUCUCUCCUGGGUUGGAGGGGAACGCCGGUUCGGGACUUGCUCACGCUGUGUUGGCCAUUGCGGCUGGAAGGAGCGAUGCUGAAAGGCGGGUUGAGCCUCCCAGGGCUCUGCCAGCCCUGUGUCCGGCUGUGGCUGGGGUGCCGGCGGAUUCCUUGCCGAGCAAGAGCACGAGUGUUGAUUGUACGUCGAAAGAAGCUGUGAUCCUCUCAAAGCAGAGCUUGCAUCCUGCUAGGAAGGAGCCCUUGUGCAUCAGUAUAGCAGUCUCCAAGAGUGAUAGGAAAGAGAAGCUCCCUCCCUCCAGUUUGAGUGAGGACCCCCUCCCAGGGAGGUUGUUUUUUCUCCAGGCUGAACAGAAUGCCACUCCUGCACCACAGCCGCUGCAGGAAUGUACCCAAGGGAAGCCAGGAGAAGGAGUGCAGAACGAGGAUGAGGAGGCUGUGGAAUCUGACAAAUCGUGUGUCGGGACCAGUGUCUCUCCUGAGCCAUCAGCCCUUUCUGUUUCCCCUCCAGAAGGUGCUUUGCAAGUACUCGAUGCUUCCUGCUUGAAACGGCAGGUCUCGCAUGACUUUUUGGAGACCAGGUUUAAAAUCCAGCAGCUUCUGGAACCUCAGCAGUAUAUGGCUUUCCUGCCUCACCACAUCAUAGUGAAGAUCUUCGGCUUGCUCCCCACGAGGAGCCUGGUGGCCCUAAAAUGCACUUGCUACUACUUCAAGUUCAUCAUCGAGUAUUACAACAUCAGGCCAGCAGACUCACGUUGGGUCCGCGACCCCCGCUACCGAGAAGACCCCUGCAAGCAGUGCAAGAAGAAGUACGUGAAGGGGGACGUGUCGCUGUGCCGCUGGCACCCCAAACCUUACUGCCAAGCUUUACCCUACGGGCCUGGCUACUGGAUGUGCUGUCACAGGUCCCAGAAGGGCAUCCCGGGCUGUAAGUUGGGUCUCCAUGACAAUCAUUGGGUUCCUGCCUGCCACAGCUUUAACCGUGCUCUCCAUAAGAAGACCAGAGGAGCGGGAGCCGAAGGAGAAGAGGAAUAUUAGUGCACAUACACUUUCCUGUGAGAUGGUUUGGGGUAGGAGGAGAUUCUCAUGCCUUGUGCUGUUUACAGUGUAUAUAAUUGUCGUGUUUUUCACAGGGCUAUGAAACUGCACAUACUUCAACACAAGAGCCUUUACCUUUUAGAAUAAAGAAAGCUUUUAGUCCAUCUAUGUAAAUAACACUAUAAAAACUAAUUGUACAUACAGAGUCUACAGCUGGCUGAACAACGUAAUCACUACAAUGCAGCUAUGAUAGUGUUGCGGCUAUAGGUGUGUGUGUUUUUAAGUGUCUUGUUUCAAAAUCUGUAUAUCCUGUAUAAUAUAUGAAUGUUUCUGAGAAGAAACUCUAAAUAGGUAAAGGCCAACCUGGUUAAAGAAUCUUCAAACAACUUAACUGGACAACCUUAAAACUAGACUAGAACGGAAACGUGACAGUAGUGGUGGCAGUGGAGGGAAAAAAAAGAGGAAUAUUAUUGUAUAGUCAGAAUAUAAAAGAAGUUCUUGCCUACCUUAUCCAUGUUGUCUGGUUGGUUUUUUUUUUUGGGUUUUUUGUUUUUUUUUUUUACUUAAAUAAAACAUGCAUUCUA